GGGUGUAAGAAAUGUAAUCGUCGUCGCAUUCGGUGUGAUGAGACUCGCCCGCGUUGCCAUAAGUGCAGCUCUCGCGGGUUCCUCUGUCCUGGGUACGGCAGAUCUCUCAAGUGGAUUUGUGGCAGUGUCAGCAAAGGACCGAACCGUCGCGAAUUCGUCUCUCAUGAGGCUGGAGCCAAAGAGCACACACAACUUGCCUGCGAUCCAUCCGAGUGCGGUACUGGUGUUGCGCCAGAUAACCUGGCCCGGGGAUUUGGGCCGCAGCCUUGCCACCCAAUCUCCCUUUUCCAAUCUGAAACCUAUUCGACUCGAGACCGGGCACUUCUAGAUCAUUUUACCAAGGUUGUGUCUCAUCAACUAGCCUGGUAUGAUGAUGGGUCUAAUCCCUGGUGCUGCUUGGUUGUUCCACUUGCAUCACAUUCUCCGUCUCUAUUGUCUGUUAUCCUUGGUGUUGCAGCGAGCAAUCUAGGAUCGCGUUUC